AUGUACGCCGACAGCCUUGAAGACAGUAACCCGGUGUGUACGCCGGCUUGCCAGGUUCAGCGCGUUGAUGCCGUGCACAUCACCGGCGACGACAGCACGUUUUACGUCCUCUCCGAAGCCGAGCAGCGCAGCUUGAUGAAGUCCAUCAACAAGGUUGAAACCCUGAUGAAGGACUUCCAGAAAAUCGUCCAGGGCGCUCCCGAGCAACCACAACCCUGUGUGGCCGGCCAGCGUGGCGCCACGCAAGAAACGUGCGGCUGCCAGUCGUGCCAAAAAUACCGAUGGGCCCGCAAGGCCGAAGAGGCCGGUUUGCUCAGCCUGAACCAGGCGAAAGAACGCGCCGAAGUCAUCCGCCUGACCACCGACGAAGACGUCCAGGGCCGGCUCGCUCACCUCAAGCAACAACGCCAGCAAUUCGCCGAGCUGUGCGGCUGGUUCAGCGAUGCAGAUACCUGUGUGAUCGGCGAGCGGGUGGGCAAGGCGCUGGAUGCAGAAAUCGAGCGUUUGAAGGCGUUGCUGGCGGAGGCCGAGAAAAGCGCCGGAAUGAUUGCCACCGGCACAGUGCCCAGCACCUCGUUGGGUGCACGCCGUAUUGCCGGUGUCGGUAUCGCCCGCGCCAGCAGUGGCAAUCGCGUGGUGGAAGUGAUCGUACUCAGCCGCCCGGAUCGGCGCUAUUACAUCUCGCAAUCCGAUGCUGACGGGCUGCGGCGGUCACUGCGGGUUCAGGUGGGGCGCCAGCCCACCCGCACGCCCCUGGAUGCCGCCGGGCUGAAGGCCCGGGCCAAGGAACUGGUGCAACAGAUCAAGAAGGAAGUCGGGCGGCAGGUCAAAGAAGACCUGGCCAAGCCACUGGGCAACCUGGAGGGCCAGCUCAAGACCUGGCAGUUUCCCCAGGACAGCGCCAUCAAUACCUUGCACCAGGAACAUCAGUGGAGUUCCGACAGCAGCGACCAGGCGCCGUAUGCCGUCUCUGCCGAAGCCCAUCUGCUGCGUUUUGCCGCCCAGGCCAGCGCCGGUUUUUCCGGGUUUGAUCCCAAGGCCGGAGCGGUUUCGGUGGGCAUCAAGGGGCAGGCCGCGUUUUCGUUGGCGGAGGGCAAAAUCAGCUUCUCCGCAUUCCUGCCCAGUCAGGGUGGGCGGGAUUGUUAUUUCACCUACCGCAAUGCUGACGGCCAGACGGUGUACCACCGGUUUGGCGCGUUUCGGCUGCGGGGAGCGUUGGAGUUGAGUUGUUUUGUCGGAGUCGUGGCUGCGGGUUCGGCUACGGCUGGCGCGAAAUGGAAAGCCGCACCGUCCGGUGCGAGUGCGCUGUUACUAAGCCCCGACCUUGAGGCCCGCGGUGGCGCGGUGCAGGCCAAGGGCAGCCUGUUCGCCGGGGCA